AAAGGCAAAGGAAAGGAACAUUUGCGAAGGGAAACCUGGUCCAAUUCUUCAACAAAGUCGCGCAAGAAAUCUACUGGGAAAUUACAAGACACAAUGUCGAAACGCGAAAUCUCUAAUUCUGUAUCAGAUGAAAGCGAAAGUCAAAUUGAAGAGAAUUUAAGCGAGGAGAAAGAAGAAGAUGAUGAAGUAAUCCUCGAGCAAGAACAGCAAGGUAUAUCCGAAUACGAGAAGCAGAGGCUAUCGAGAAUUGCAGAGAACAGAGCCAGAAUGGAGGCUUUGGGUCUCACCAAAAUUGCUUCUUCUUUGAUGGGUUUGUGUCCCAAUUCAAGUCGGCCUUCGAGUAAGAUUAAAGGGAAACGCAAGGUCAUCGAUGACGAUGAAGAUUACAGGCUCAAUGAUGAUGAGGAUGACAAAGACGACUAUGACGACGAAAAUGAUGAUGAUAACCUUGACGAUGAUGAUUAUGUGGAGUUUUCGGGUAGGAAAACGCCUCGGGCUCAGUCUCGUAAAAGCAAGGUGAAAUGUAAAGGCUCGAAACCUAAGAAGAAAGUUGAUGUUAAAAAGCAAUUGAAUAGUUCGGAUUAUGUUGAUAAUGAUGAUGAAUUAAUGAAGGCGAUUGCUCUGUCCCUGAAAGAUUCUGGAGAAGUUUUAGGUACUGUAUCUACAGAUGUGCAAGAUGCUACUUCCACUGAAAGAAAGGGGAAUGCUCGAUCGAAGAGGAAAAAAUCGUUCACCAGUCGCACGCAGAUGACCGAGGAUGAAAUGGUCGUGCACUUCUUUCAGUUCGAUGAAGCUGGAAAAGGAAGCAUUUCGACGAGAGAUUUACGAAGCGUAGCUAUCGCACAUGAUUUUAUAUGGACAGAAAAGGAGUUGACUGACAUGAUCCAUUGCUUUGACACCGAUGGCGAUGGGAAGCUAAAUCUUGAUGAUUUCCGGAAGAUUGUCACCAGAUGCAACAUGUUACAAACAUCUGAAAAUCCGUAAACCGAAUUCAAGCUUAUAUGGUUAUAAGAUGUACCUUUCUGAACAUAUUAUAAUCUUGUGAUCAAGACUCAAUACCCCUUUCUUUUUGUUCUGCAAGUCACUUGAAAAUUCUAUUUUCAAAUACAAUGUACAAGAGCUGUUUCUCA